CCCUUUUCCCCUCCCCCGAGUUCCCCUGUGCUAAUGUUAAAACAUGUCUACACAGUAUUAUAGAUGAUGUAAUUUGGACAGCUCUCUCUUUUUUUACAUUUAUGUAUGAACUGAGAAUUUGUAAAUUCUUUCACUGUCCUUGUGUGUAAAAUAUAUGUAUAAAUUAAAUUAACCAGCUUGGAUUCUCGUGAAUUACUUUAUAAAAGGAACAUGACACAGAAGUUCCAUACUGAUUACAGUUUGUUGUUACAAAGAACAGGAGUAUUUAGCUUCAUGGCCACAUAUGGGCGAAUUUGAUCUCAAGAAAUAUGACAGAAAUGUAACCGUUAUUGCAAUAGUAAAGAACAAAAAACUUAUUAGUAACUUAUAAGUAUACGUGUGUACGUUUAAACAAAUGUUGAUUUAAAUUAAAAAAAAAACUAAUCCAAGAAUAACAUUCAUUUUCAGGUCGAUUGUGGAUGUAUCUACUUCUAAUCCAUUCCCAACAACAACAACAACAACACCAAUAAUAAUGAUGAUGAUGAUAAUAACUGAAUAUGUUGCUGGCUGCACGAGCCGUCACAGUGGCAACCACAAACUUGUUGUGGUUACACAACCCGCCGUGUGCACGCGACGGGUAACCAGCGCAGUAAUCCCACAAUGCAGAGCGCAUGGCGCGUCAUUGGAGAGGGACGAUGAUGGCGGCGGUCGGUGCACCAGAAGUGAUCACACAGCUGGAAAGCGCUGCCAAAGUUUUAAUGGCACCGCCGUCUAUGGUCAGCACAGAGCAGAGACAGCAUGCUGAACAUGUAUUCCUCUCCUUCAGGAAGUCCAAGUCCCCCUUUGCCAUUUGCAAGCACAUCUUGGAGACCAGUAAGGUGGACUAUGUGCUUUUCCAGGCAGCCACAGCCAUCAUGGAGGCUGUCGUGCGGGAGUGGAUCCUGCUGGAAAAGACCAGCAUUGAGUCACUCCGGGCAUUCCUUCUCACCUACGUUUUGCAGAGACCCAAUCUGCAGAAGUAUGUGCGUGAGCAGAUCCUGCUAGCUGUGGCGGUCAUCGUGAAGAGAGGCUCGCUGGACAAAAGCAUCAACUGCAAAAGCAUCUUACUCGAGGUCGGACAGCUCAUCAGCAGCGGGAACCCUGCAGUGCAAACGCUGGCCUGCUCCAUCCUGACCGCUCUGCUCAGUGAGUUCUCCAGCUCCAGUAAGACCAGCAGCAUCGGCCUCAGCAUGGAGUUCCACGGUAACUGCAAGCGACUGUUCCAGGAGGACGGCCUCCGCCAGAUCUUCAUGAUGACCAUGGAGGUGCUGCAGGAGUUCAGCCGCCGAGAAAACCUCAAUGCCCAGAUGUCUUCUGUCUUCCAGCGCUACUUGGCUUUGGCCAAUCACGUCCUCAGCUGGAACUUCCUGCCUCCCAAUUUGGGGCGCCACUACAUCGCCAUGUUCGAGGCCACGCAGAACGUCACGCUUAAGCCCACAGAGACCUGGAGGGAAGCGCUAUUGGACACACGUGUCAUGGACCUCUUCUUCACUGUACACAGGAAGAUUCGAGAGGACUCUGACAUGGCCCAGGAUUCCCUUCAGUGCUUGGCCCAGCUGGCCUCCAUGCACGGGCCUGUAUUCCCAGAUGAGAACGCCCAGAUCUCUUACCUGGCCCACCUGAUGGAGGGGCUGCUCAGUAUGAUCAAUGGGAUUGAGAUCGAGGACUCGGAGGCAGUCGGCAUUUCUAAUAUCAUCUCCAAUCUGAUCACCAUGUUCCCACGGAGUAUUUUAACGGCACUGCCCAGCGACCUCUUUACCUCCUUCAUCAACUGCCUCACGCUGCUCACCUGCUCGUUUGGACGCAGCGCCGCCCUGGAGGAAGUGCUGGAUAAGGAUGACAUGGUUUACAUGGAGGCCUAUGACAAGCUGCUGGAGUCGUGGCUAACGCUCGUGCAGGACGAGGAGCAUUUCCCUCGCGGGUGCUUCGUGCAGCCAGCCAUCCAAGUUUUCAACUCAUACAUCCAGUGUCACUUGGCAGCUCCCGACGGCACGCGCAACCUGUCGGUGAACGGGAUUUCCUCUCACGAUGAGGAAGAGAUCAACGAGCUGCAGGAAGACGACAGAGAGCUGUUCUCAGACCAGCUGUCCAGCAUUGGCAUGUUGGGACGUGUGGCAGCUGACCACUGUAUCCCUCUGCUCACAAGCCUGCUGGAGGACCGAGUAACACGACUGCACGGCCAGCUGCAGAGGACCCAGCAGCACCUUAUGGCCUCGUCUGACCUUGGAUCAGUGGACCGUAAAGUCCUGGAUGACUUAUAUGAGGACAUUCACUGGCUCAUACUGGUCUCAGGUUAUCUACUAGCAGACGAUCCUCAGGGUGAAACCCCACUGAUCCCCUCAGAGGUGAUGGAGUUCUCCAUCAAACACUCAACAGAGGUGGAUAUCAAUACAACGCUGCAGAUCCUCGGCUCACCGGGAGAAAAGGCCUCGUCUAUACCGGGCUGCAACCGCACAGACUCUGUGAUCAGGUUGCUGUCAGCGGUGUUGAGGACGUCAGAAGUGGAGUCCAGGGCAACCAGAGCGAAUCUGACGGAGCUUUUGAGCCCGCAAAUGGGGAAGGACAUCGUGUGGUUCCUCAGACGAUGGGCUAAGACGUAUCUGCUCGUGGACGAGAAGCUCUAUGGGCAGAUCAGCAUCCCCCUCAGCACAGCGUUUGGUGCCGACACAGAGGGGGCCCAGUGGAUUGUGGGAUAUCUCCUGGAAAAGGUGAUCAACAACCUGACCGUGUGGAGCUCAGAGGCUGAGCUAGCCAACGACACCGUGGAGCUGCUGGUGACGCUGGUAGAGAAGCGGGAGAGGGCAAACAUCGUGGUGCAGUGUGAGAGCUGGUGGAACCUGGCGAAGCAAUUUGCCAGCCGCAGCCCACCUCUCCACUUGCUGUCCAGCUCCGUGCAGAGGACUCUGAUGAAGGCUCUGGUCCUGGGAGGCUUUGCACAAAUGGACUCUGAUGCCAAGCAGCAGUACUGGGCUGAGGUGCUUCACCCGCUCCAGCAGCGUUUUCUUAACCUCAUCAACCAAGAGAACUUUGCUCAGAUCAGCCAAGAAGAAGCUGUCAAACAGGAAAUCGUCGCUACGUUGGAGGCGUUGUGUGGCAUCGCAGAGGCGACGCAGAUCGACAACGUGGCCUCGCUCUUCUCUUUCCUCAUGGACUUCCUGUCCAGCUGCAUUGGCCUCAUGGAGGUUUACAGUAACACACCGGAAACAAUCAACCUCAUCAUUGAGGUUUUUGUGGAAGUGGCUCACAAACAGAUCUGUUACCUGGGAGAGACCAAGUCCAUGAAGCUGUACGAGGCGUGCCUAACGCUGCUGCAGGUCUACUCCAAAAACAACCAGAGCAGGAAGCGAAGCGAUGCCACGGCCGAGGAGGACCAGUACCAGGACCUGCUGCUCAUCAUGGAGCUGCUCACAAACCUGCUCUCCAAAGAGUUCAUCGACUUCAGCGACACAGAUGAUGUGUUUCGAAAUCAAGACCAGGGAACACCAGCAUCCAAUCGAACAGUAUCCGCUGCAGAUGUCGUUCUCUAUGGUGUCAAUAUAGUUCUUCCGCUCAUGUCUCAGGACCUGCUCAAGUUCCCCUCUUUGUGUAACCAGUACUACAAACUCAUCACCUUCAUCUGUGAGAUCUUUCCAGAAAAGAUCCCACAGCUGCCAGAAGACCUCUUCAAGAGCCUCAUGUUCUCCCUGGAGCUGGGAAUGACCUCGAUGAGUUCUGAAAUCAGCCAGCUGUGUUUGGAGGCUCUGUCUCCUCUGGCUGAACAGUGCGCUAAAAACCAGGAGAAGGACUCUCCUCUCUUUAUCGCCACCCGUCAUUUCCUCAAGUUGGUGUUUGACAUGCUGGUCCUGCAAAAACACAACACAGAGAUGACCGUGGCGGCGGGAGAAGCCCUCUACACACUCGUGUGCCUGCACCAGGCGGAGUACUCGGAGCUGGUUGAGACCCUGCUGUCCUCUCAGAGAGACGCCAUAAUCUACCAGCGGUUAGCCGACGCCUUCAACAAGCUGACAGCCAGCAGCACGCCACCCACCAUGGACCGCAAGCAGAAGGUUGCCUUCCUCAAAAGCCUGGAGGAGUUUGUAGCCAACGUCGGCGGCCUGCUCUGCGUGAAAUAACCACUGGAAAACCAAACCGGCCUCUAAUCAUCGUCGUUCUGAAAAGCAACCAAUCAAAGACGUCCCCUGCUUCAUCCCUGAGAACUAUGGGUAGAAGGGACGGCUGAAAGCCUCGGAGGACCUCUCUGGCAGCUGGGGCCGGUUGAUCUCAUGCCUGAAUGUUUACCCUGUUUUCACCUCCUUGGAUGUCUCUCCCCCCCCCCCCC